AUAUUCCACAUGACAUAUGACCUGGCCAGUGCUGUAGUGAGAAUCUUUAAUCUCAUUGGAAUGAUGUUGCUGCUUUGCCACUGGGAUGGUUGUCUUCAGUUUUUAGUACCAUUACUCCAGGAUUUCCCACCAGAUUGCUGGGUGUCCCUAAAUGGUAUGGUUAAUGAUUCCUGGGGAAAGCAGUACUCCUAUGCACUCUUCAAAGCCAUGAGCCAUAUGCUCUGCAUUGGUUAUGGAGCCCGUGCCCCCGUCAGCAUGUCUGAUCUCUGGAUAACCAUGUUGAGCAUGAUUGUGGGGGCUACUUGUUAUGCCAUGUUUGUUGGUCAUGCGACUGCCCUAAUUCAGUCUCUGGAUUCUUCACGACGACAAUAUCAAGAGAAGUACAAACAAGUGGAACAGUACAUGUCAUUCCACAAAUUACCUGCUGAAAUGCGCCAGAAGAUCCAUGAUUACUAUGAACACCGCUAUCAAGGCAAGAUUUUUGAUGAAGAAAAUAUUCUCAAUGAGCUCAAUGAUCCCCUUAGGGAGGAGAUUGUGAACUUCAACUGUCGCAAGCUAGUAGCUACAAUGCCUCUCUUUGCUAAUGCAGACCCAAAUUUUGUGACUGCCAUGCUGAGCAAGCUGCGAUUUGAGGUGUUCCAGCCUGGUGAUUAUAUUAUUCGAGAAGGGGCUGUGGGUAAAAAGAUGUAUUUCAUUCAGCAUGGUGUCGCUGGAGUCAUCACCAAAUCCAACAAGGAGUUGAAGCUGACAGAUGGCUCCUACUUUGGAGAGAUUUGCCUUUUGACCAAGGGCCGUCGAACUGCCAGCGUCCGAGCUGACACAUACUGCCGCCUGUACUCCCUUUCCGUGGACAACUUCAAUGAGGUUCUGGAAGAGUACCCCAUGAUGAGAAGGGCCUUUGAGACAGUGGCGAUCGAUAGGCUGGACCGGAUAGGCAAGAAGAAUUCGAUCCUCCUGCAGAAGUUCCAGAAAGAUCUCAACACGGGCGUCUUCAACAACCAGGAGAACGAGAUCUUGAAGCAGAUUGUGAAGCACGACAGAGAAAUGGUGCAGACCAUCGCCCCUGUUAGCCUGCAGCAGCUGCCCACGCUGAACGCCAGCACCUCCGCGGUGUCGUCGUCGUCGCGCCUCAGGACGCAGUCUCCUCCCGUCUACACGGCCACCAGCCUCUCCCACGGGAACCUGCACUCGCCCUCGCCGAGCACGCAGACCCCCCAGCAAUCCGUCAUCCUCUCGCCGUGCUCCUACACCACGGCCGUCUGCAGCCCGCCCGUACAGAGCCCGCUGGCAGGACGAACUUUCCAGUACGCCUCUCCGACGGCGUCGCAGCUCUCCCUCAUGCAGCAGCCGCCGCAGCCGCCGCCGCCGCAGCCUGUGUUCCGGCAGAUGUCGUCGGGAGCCAUCCCGCCGAACCGGGGCGCCGCGCCGCCCGCCGCCCCGCUGCCGAGGGAUUCUUCCACAGUCUUAAGCACAGAUCCCGAGGGAGACAAACCGCGAUUUGCGUCAAACUUAUGAU